CUGGGAUCGAUACAAGUCGAGGGAGGUCGCCUCCUUCUUUGUCCCAACUUCACGUUUACUCAAUAAUUUAUUUAUAAACACAAAGCUUUUUAUACAAAAUGUCGGGCUGGUUGGAUAACGUGAGAUGUCCUAGUUGUACGUGUGAGUGUGGAUGUUUGGCUGUUGUCGCCGAGAAGAGGAACAUGAUAUCUUCAGCAGCAGCCGGAACACUCUUUUUCGUCGGUUGGUGGUUGUAUAUUGAUGCAAUGGUGGCCUGUGACUCCGACGAUUAUCAUUUAGCGUUUAUGACAUGCGGCAUCGUGGGAUCAUUAGCGUUUGCUAUGAUAACAGCAGUUUCCAAUGCCCAGAUUCGAGGGGAAGCAUCCACCGAUGGAUUUUUCGGACAAACGGCUGCCCGUAUAUGGUUAUUGGUUGGGUUUUUCUUGGCGUUCGCAUCACUGAUUGGAGCAUGUUACAUUCUCUUUGGACCCUACGUGACUGACAAGAACUAUGAUAAUAUAUGGCCUGGUAUUGCAGUAUUUUUACAAAAUUUUUUCAUACUUUCUGCUUCACUGGUCUUCAAAUUUGGAAGAACAGAGGAAAAUUGGGAUUGA